UGUUCAUCAAACUCUAAUGGGCGGUCUGAGUCGAGUUCGAGCAUCUCAUGGCUUCCACCCUUCACGUUCUCACUCAAAUUCCUUCCCAUUCACUCAAACCCUCCCCUACUUCCCGUCAAAACCCUUCACCGCCGGCGAAGCACUCUCACCUCAAGCCAAUCAAGAAACAUCUAACCCGCCUCGCCGAUUACAGCCGAUGCGACGAGGAUCGCUCCAUUCUUGACACCACCACGGAGCUCGACGCGCCUGUCGAACUUCGGACCUACUCUGCUCUCCUUCGCUCCUGCAUCCGCUCACGUGACCUCCAUCAUGGCCGCCUCAUCCACCGCCGCCUCGUCCUCUCCGGCCUCCCCUUCGACUCCGUCAUUUCCAACUCCCUCAUCACCCUCUACUCCAAGUGCGGCGACUGGGACUCUGCUCUCUCCGUCUUCAAUCAAAUGGGCGAAGAACGAGAUGUCGUCUCCUGGACCGCCAUGAUCUCUGCUGCAACGGAGAACAAGAUGCAGGGCAGGGCGCUAUCCAUAUUUCUCGAGAUGCUCGACUUAGGAUUGAUUCCUAACGAGUUCACUAUUUCAAGUGUGCUACACGCUUGUUCGAACCCGGAUUUCAGUAAAAUUGGGAUUUUGCUUCUUGGUUCUGCAAUAAAAACUGGAUUUUGCAAGCGAAAUGCAUCUGUUGCCGGCGCUUUGAUCGAUAUGUUUGCGAAGAUUGGUGACCUGGCUUCUGCUCGCAGGGUGUUCGAUGAAUUACUUGAGAAAAAUAAGGUUGUUUGGACGUUGAUGAUUACUAGGUAUGCACAGCAUGGGCUUUGCCUGGAUGCUGUGAAACUGUUUGUGGAAUUUGUUUUUGAUGAUUUUGUCCCGGAUCAAUACAGCUUAUCUAGUGUCAUCUCGGCGUGUUCUGAAUUGGAAUCACUUCUACUUGGGAAACAGCUCCAUUCUCUAGCCAUCCGAAUUGGAUUUGUUUCUGACGUUUGUGUAGGCUGUAGCCUGAUCAACAUGUAUGCAAAAUGUGUGGAAGGAGGCGCCAUGGUUGAUUCGAGGAAGGUCUUCGACCGGAUGCCUCAGCAUAAUGUGAUGUCAUGGACUGCCAUCAUCUCUGGUUAUGUUCAGGGUGACAGAAAUGAUGAACACGCUUUGAGCUUGUUCCUGAAGAUGUUAGAGGGAAAGAUCAAGCCCAACCAUUUCACAUAUUCUAGCAUUCUCAAGGCAUGUGCCAAUCUAUCCAAUGCUGAGCUAGGAAAACAAGUCUAUGCCCAUGUAAUCAAAUCUGGCCUUGCUUUUGUCAACUUUGUUGGUAACUCUUUGGUCACCAUGUUCGCCAACUCUGGUAGGAUGGAAGAUGCUUGCAAAGCUUUUGAAGUGCUGUAUGAAAAGAAUUUGGUAUCAUACAAUGCCCUUGUUGAUGGGUAUGUAAAGAAUUCAAACUCUGAAGAGGCUUUUGAUAUCUUCCAACAAAUUGAAAGCAUGAAUUUGGGAGCAAACGCCUUCACAUUUGCAAGCCUUUUAAGUUCUGCUGCAAGCAUUGGAGUGAUGAGUAAGGGCCAGAAGCUUCAUGGUCAGUUGCUAAAAAUGGGUUAUGAGUCUGAUAUUUGCAUCAACAAUGCUCUUAUAUCUAUGUAUUCAAGGUGUGGAAAUACUGAGGAUGCUUGCAGUGUCUUUGAUGAAAUGAGAUACCGUAAUGUUAUCUCAUGGACUUCAAUGAUAACUGGUUUUGCAAAACAUGGGGAAGCACACUGUGCUCUUCAACUCUUCCAUGAAAUGCUUUCUACAGGCCUAAGGCCAAAUGAAGUUACCUAUGUAGCAGUGCUGUCUGCUUGCAGUCAUGUUGGUCUUGUAAGAGAAGGUCUGAAAAUUUUUCAUUCCAUGCAGAGAGAUCAUGGACUGGUUCCUAGAAUGGAGCACUAUGCUUGCAUGGUUGAUUUGCUGGGCCGGUCAGGCCGUGUCGAGGAAGCAUUCGAGUUCAUAACUUCAAUGCCCUUAAAGGCUGAUGUUCUGGUGUGGAAGACUCUGCUUGGUGCUUGUAGAUUGCAUCAGAAUGUUAGACUCGGGGAGACUUCAACCAAGAACAUUGUAGAACUGGAUCCUAGUGAUCCAGCAGCUUAUAUUUUGCUUUCAAACUUGUAUGCUGUAGCAGGUCAGUGGCAAGAGGUGGCAAAGAUGAGGAGAGGACUGAAGGAGAUGAAACUACGCAAAGAAGCUGGAAUGAGUUGGAUAGAAGUAGGAAAAAUAAUUCAUAAAUUCCAUGUGGCAGAUACCAGUCAUCCACAAGCUCAAGAAAUAUUCAAGAAAUUGGAUGAACUGGUGGAUGAAAUUAAAAUAAUGGGUUAUGUUCCAGAUAUAGAUUGUGUUCUUCAUGAUGUGGAGGAAGAUGUCAAAGAGAAGUAUUUGUUGCAGCAUAGUGAGAAGAUUGCAGUGGCAUUUGGUCUUCUUUCCACUAAAUCUCCAAGGCCAAUUCGAGUGUUCAAAAAUCUGCGAGUAUGUGGAGAUUGUCACACGGCAAUUAAAUUCAUAUCGAUGAAAACAAGCAGAGAAAUAAUUCUAAGGGAUUCUAAUCGGUUUCAUAGGUUCAGAAAUGGAGAAUGUUCUUGCGGGGGCUAUUGGUGAAUAGAAGCUAUCCAUCUGGAAGGCAGGUUACUAUACAAAGCAAUUUAUUUGUACAUAUCAAUAAACCUUGAGGUUUUUUUUUUUUUAAUAAGAUUCAUCUAUUAACAGAAAAGAAAAAUGAAAAGAAAGGUCCAAAAGAGGCCAAUGAAAGAAAAACAUCAUAUUACAAGGCAACCUGAAAAAAUAGUAAGACUAAAAUAGAAUUAAGAAGGCCAUGAAGCCAGUCGAACUCAACAGUGCCACUCAGUUGCCAUGCAAGACCCGAGGUGGGAUUUUGUUAUGCUAGAGCUAGUGGGCUACCGAGGUAGGAUUUUAUUUUCAAAGUAUUAUUUUGCCAUAGCAAGUGGGAUGCUAAGGUGGGAUUCUAUUACUGAAGUGUUGUUAUGCCGGAGCUAGUGGGAUACCACGGUGGGAUUCUAUUAUGAUGUAUUAGCUUAUAAUUCAAUUAAUUUUAAUAAUUAUUUAAAUGCCUUCAGAUUCA